ACUUGUGGGGAGGCGCUGUAGCCAUUUCGCCACAUGAGAGCCCGACAGCCGACUGGUUCAAAUCAGCUUUGAGGAGCUCUGCGCGCACACACGUACUCUCGGCGUCGUGCGCGAAGACGGCGCGCACACACACGCGCACUUCCUCCUCCGUGGAAAAAAAAGGGGGGGAAGAAGAGAGGAACCAAGAGAGGGCAACUUCCAACUCUCCCAUGUGGAAAUCAGAGGUUUGAGGAUCAUAAGGUGGAAAUUUUCUCUUCGGGGCUCUCCUGAUCCCUCCUCUGCUCCUCUUCCCCCUUCCCUUUUGGAUUCUAUUAUUUUAUUUUAUUUUUAUUAUUUAUUUAUUGCUUGCCCGGAUAUUUAUGUUUCUAUGAGAGUCCUGGUCGGCGAGAAAAGAAGUUUGGUUGUUUGCCUGGUCGGCUGAGGAGAAGGAGGAGGAGGAGGAGGAGAAGAAGAGUCUGCUUUAAAAGUGGGGGAAGAUGGUCCACAACGGCGCCUGGAGGAGAAGCUUGCUGUGCGUCCUGGCGCUCAGUCUGGGCUUUGCGUCCCCGCCGUGCGAAGCUCGGAUUUACACCAACCACUGGGCAGUGAGGAUAGCCGGGGGACCCGACGUAGCCGACCGGAUAGCGGCGAAAUACGGUUAUAGGAACAUGGGACAGAUUGGUGAUCUCAAAGACCAUUACCACUUCUUCCAUAGUCGGACUAUCAAGAGAUCAACAUUGUCCAGUCGUGGUCGUCAUAGUUUUAUCUCCAUGGAGCCAAAGGUGGAGUGGAUAGAACAGCAGGUGGUGAAGAGGAGGAUCAAGAGGGAUUACAAGCCAGUCCCACCCCAUUCUCUUACAAGUCCCGCCUACAGCAACCAGGCCCAAAACAACAUAUUCUAUAAUGACGCAAAGUGGAGCAGUAUGUGGUACAUUCACUGUAACGGCGACGUCCAUAACUGCCAGUCGGACAUGAACAUCAUGGGGGCGUGGAAGAGGGGCUUCACGGGCAAAGGCGUGGUCGUGACCAUACUUGAUGACGGCAUUGAGAGAAACCACCCAGACCUUAGUUAUAACUACGACCCUCAAGCAAGCUACGACGUCAACAGCAAUGAUCCGGAUCCCAUGCCUCGAUAUGACGCAACAAAUGAAAACAAACAUGGCACACGGUGUGCAGGUGAAGUUGCUGCAGCUGCAAACAACUCUCAUUGUAUUGUGGGAAUUGCCUAUAAUGCCAAGAUAGGAGGUGUGCGGAUGCUGGAUGGAGAUGUAACGGACAUGGUGGAAGCCAGGUCACUGAGCCUUCACCCGCAGCACAUUGACAUUUACAGCGCCAGCUGGGGACCCGAUGAUGAUGGGAAAACUGUGGAUGGACCGGCAUCUCUGGCCAGGCAGGCCUUUGAAAACGGCAUUCGCUCUGGAAGGAAAGGCCGUGGCUCCAUCUUUGUGUGGGCCUCAGGAAACGGGGGACGCAGCAGAGACCACUGCUCCUGCGAUGGUUACACCAACUCCAUCUACACCAUCUCCAUCUCCAGCACAGCUGAGAGUGGACGCAAGCCCUGGUACCUGGAAGAAUGCUCCUCCACAUUGACCACAACGUACAGCAGCGGGGAGAACUACGACCGCAAGAUUAUCACAACAGACCUGAGACACCGUUGCACAGACAGUCACACGGGGACAUCAGCCUCGGCUCCCAUGGCCGCUGCCAUCAUCGCUCUGGCCCUAGAGGCAAAUUCUGAUCUAACGUGGAGAGACGUUCAGCACAUCAUCGUGAAGACCUCUAGAGCCGGUCAUCUCAGUGCUCCCGACUGGAAGACCAAUGCUGCUGGCUACAAUGUCAGUCAUCUGUACGGCUUUGGCCUGAUGGAUGCGGAGGCCAUGGUCAAGGAGGCGGAGCGAUGGAAGCACGUCCCAGCACAACACAUCUGUGUUGAGAGUGCAGAUCGACAAAUCAGAACUAUCCGCCCGGAGCACGUGGUUCGGUCAGUGUACAAGGCAACCGGAUGUGCCGACAACCCCAACCAGCAUGUGAUUUACCUGGAGCAUGUGGUUGUACGUAUUACAAUCACACACCCUCGUCGCGGUGACCUGUCAAUCAACCUGACUUCACCCUCGGGGACCAAGUCUCAGCUGCUUGCAAACAGGUUGUUUGAUCAUUCCAUGGAGGGCUUUAAGAACUGGGAGUUUAUGACCACACACUGCUGGGGAGAGAAGGCAGCAGGCGACUGGGUCCUAGAGAUCUACGACUCACCCUCUCAACUCCGGAGUCAGAAAGUGCCUGGCAAACUGAAAGAGUGGUCGUUGGUGCUAUAUGGCACCUCUGUGAACCCAUACUCGUCCCCACACAUCGAAAAGCCUCGCUUUGUGCUUCCGUCCCCUGAUGAAGAAAUCACAGAGGAAUACAACGGGCCCUGUGACUCUGAGUGCAGUGAUAACGGCUGUGAGGGCCCUGGACCCUACCAAUGCAUUAACUGUCUCCAUUAUUUCCUCAAGUUCAAAAACAACACCAGGAUGUGCGUCUCUGAAUGUCCCAGUGGCUUUUUCCGUGACGACAGGAAGCGUUGCAAGAAGUGCUCCUCCUUGUGCGAGACCUGCGUUGGGAGUCGGAGUGAUCAGUGCACCUCAUGCAGGCCUGGUUUCCACCUCAACGAGGGCACCAACACAUGCGUUGCCAGCUGCGCAGACACCUUCUACCUUGAUAACGCUUCCAACAUUUGUAGACGAUGCCAGGAGAACUGUAAGAAGUGUACAGCUGCCAAUAUCUGCACAGAGUGUAAACCUGGAACGAGCCUUCAAGCAAACAAGUGUCUGAUGACGUGUGACGCAGGUUCUUAUUACAACGGCCACAGAAGGACAUGCGAGCUCUGCCAUCGAGCCUGUGCCACCUGCGCAGGGACGGGUAUAGAGGCAUGCACCAAGUGUGCUGAUGGCUACUUACUUGAGGACUGGCGGUGUGUGUCGACUUGCAGUUCUGGCUACUACCUGUUUGAGCAGAGCUCAGACAACGGGCAAAUGCAGAGGUCCUGCAAGAAGUGCGACACUAGCUGUUAUGAGUGCUCGGGGCCUGGUGAACGAAACUGCAGUAACUGCAUCAGUGGUUACAAUCUGGAGGCGGGAGUCUGUGUGGUCAGCACCAUCUGCAAAGAUGGGGAGUAUUUAAGUAAGCAUGGGGAAUGCCAUUUGUGUGACAUUACCUGUGAGCGGUGCACGGGUCCAGAGAGGGAGGACUGCACCAGCUGCCCCCCAACAAGGUUAUAUGAGGAGGGAAAAUGUGUUAUCCGCUGCCAGUUGGGCCGUUACCCCAAAGAGGGCUUAUGCAGCCUCUGCCAUCACACCUGCCAGGCGUGCACUGAUGACGGACCAGACACGUGCACCAGCUGUGACACAGACAGGUUUGGUGUUACCAGGUACCUAUUUCAGAAUCAGUGUCGGGAAGUGUGUCCCGAAGGCUUCUAUCAGUCUGCAAGGAUGCGCUGUGACCCCUGUCCUGCAGACUGCACCGUCUGCGCCGCAGCAGAUCACUGCUUACAGUGCAGUCCAGGACACAUGCUCAGACAUGACCACUGUGUCCCACUGGAGUGCAGCACAGGAGAAGCUUCACAUGUGGAGAGUGAGGCGUGUUUUCCCUGCGAUGACGGCUGUGAGAAAUGUAAACUCAAUGAUUCAGGAAAUCAGGAACAGAAAACAGUUUGUCUCCAAUGUGAAGAAGGCUACUAUCAGUUAGGCCCUGAUUGUCAUCAGUCCUGUCCAGAUAGGACCUACAGUGACCAUAACAACAUGGUGUGUGCUCCAUGUCCAGAUGAACACUGUGCAGUCUGCGACCAGUCCCAGUGCUACUGGUGUGAUGAGGCGUUCUUUGUCUUUGAUGGGGAGUGUGUAAAACACUGUGAGGAAGGUUACUUUGUGGAUGAGGAGGGUCGGGAGUGCGAGCCCUGCCACCGCAGCUGUCAUACCUGCGGAGGGCCACAAUAUGAUGACUGCGACUCGUGCAAAGACGGGUUUGUGCUGCAAAACGGGGAAUGUCAAGAGGACAAACGCUUUGCUGCCUGUCCAGAAAAUCACUUCAAAAACGAUCAGGGGCAAUGUGAACAGUGUCACUCUUCUUGUAAGACGUGCUUUGCUGCAGGGAUGGAGGACUGCAGCAGCUGCCACUCAGGCUAUUUUAUGACUUCUCGACAGACUUGUUUGUCUCAGUGUCCAAGCGGUACUUUUGCCAACAAGACAUCUGGCCAGUGUAAAGACUGUUUGGAGGGGUGUGUGGUUUGUCACAGCAGCCAAGUAUGCCAGCAGUGUCGCAGCGGACUUUAUCGUCAAGAUGGGGCAUGUGUGGUUGAGUGUCAGAGAGGGUUUCCUGAGGGUGAUGGAUGUCAGCCGUGUGCCCCGGCGUGCAGCUCCUGCAUAAAGAGUCCCACCCACUGUUUGAGCUGUGAGAAGGACUUGUUAUUGCUGGACCACUCUUGCAUUUCUCGCUGCCCAGAGGGAUAUUAUGCCAACAGCACAGAAUGUCACCCGUGCCCAGCUCACUGCAGCGAGUGCAAUCAGGAUGGUUUGUGUAAAAACUGUGCACAUUACUUUUUCCUCCAUGAGGGAGAAUGCGUGGACGAUUGUCCUGCAGGGUAUUUUUCCACUGAGAACGAGUGUGUGGGUUGCCAUGUGGACUGUGCUUCCUGUGAUGGACCUGGCUUUGAUGACUGUAGCCUGUGUCGGAACCCGAAGGCUGUCCUUUACCACGGGGAAUGUCUUCCUAAGUGUCCUGACAGCUCUUACUAUGAGAAGACGACAACAGAAUGCAAAGAUUGUGACAAGUCGUGUCUGACCUGCUCAGGCCACGAACCAUCUGACUGCCUCAGCUGCGAUGCCAAAAAACACAAAGAUGCCAGUGGACACUGUGUGUGGGACAGUCAGUGUUCUCCCGGCUCAUACCUGGACCAGAAUGGAGAGUGCCGACAAUGCCACCCUCUCUGCCAAAACUGUUCUGGCCCCAACAGAGGCCACUGUCUCAGCUGCAAGACACCACGCCUCCUACUGAACAACACCUGUGUGAAAUCUUGUCCUCUGGGUUACUAUGCUGAGAAAAACACUGAGCUUUCUUGUGAGCUUUGUCACUUUGGCUGCGAGUCCUGUGUUGGCCGUCACAGUCAACAGUGUGUCACCUGCAAAACUGGGUUUUUCAAGCAUGGCGGAAGCUGUGUCGAAACCUGUCCUCAGAGUCAUUUUAAAAAUAUGAACACCAUGGCUUGCCAGCAAUGUGAUCCCUCCUGCAGGCAGUGUUCAGGUCCCGGAAACCAAAACUGCCUGAAGUGCAGAAACGGCUUCGUUUUCCUGAAAAAGGAGGGGCGAUGUCUUCAGAGUUGCCCUGAAGGCUAUUUUGUUGACAGACAAUCCGUCUGCCAUAAAUGUCACCCGACUUGCAAAACCUGCAACCGGGAAGGAGGUGUGGCAUGUCUCUCCUGUUAUGAUGGCUUCACAUUUCUCAGUGGUAUCUGUGAAAACCCAUGUUUCCUCGGCUUUUAUCCUGACCCAAAGGAUUCCAAAAGUGAUCAAACUAAGUGCAAAGCUUGUGACCCAUCCUGUGAGGCGUGUCGAGGGCCCAGCAUGUGGGACUGCUCGGUGUGUUCUGCAGCCCACAUGAUGGCUGAAGAUGGCCGAUGCCUGAGAUGCUGUGGACACGACACCCUUCGCAACGAUGAACCUUUACCCAGAGAAUGCUGUGACUGCAAAGCCUCUCAAAUGGAAUGUAUCCUGGGUGUCAACUUUGUGAUGGUGGCCGAUGAAUUAGAAAGUAAAGCCAAACUCUUUGUCACGGUUUGGAUUUUUGUUAUCCUCUUUUUGGGGGUAGCGCUCUUCCUCUUCCUCAGUGCUCGAUCUAAGUUAGCCACCAGGCCCAAAACCAAAGCUGGAGGGUACGAGAGAUUAGACACCAACGGAGGACCGACGCCACAACCCACCACUUCUUCACUCAAGGACUACGACGACAAAAUCGCUCAACUUCAAGACGGGGUUGAAGAAGAUGACGAUGAGGACAUUGUUUACAUGACAAAAGACGGAACAGUGUACCGGAAGUUUAAGUAUGGCUUACUGGACGAGGAUGACAAUGAUCUUGAGUAUGAUGAUGAAAGUUACACACUCACUUAGAACUAAAUAUCAAAAAUAAUUCAUCUUUACAGGAUUUCUUUUUAAUAUGUUUUCAUAAAUUACAGGGAUUUUUGGUUUGAAAGCAAAUCCGAUGAGUGGUAUAAACCCCCCAGAAUUUGUAGCCGUUUGCAAACAAGACAAAAUAAAAUGUUCCAUUUUAUUAUGUACCAACUUACAUUAUGUCAAAACUAAACCUUAAUCCUUUAGAUUGUGGAUGUUUUACCUUCUUCAAAAGUAAUACACUCCGCUUUGUGAGGUUGUAAACACUGUGGGGGUCAGGGGAGACUGCAGCUGUAAUAAGGUGUAAUAGAAUGGUCAGUCAGACAUUGAUAUUAAACACAAGUGGUUAUGAUUUAAAUAAAAGUUAGAAGUUGUUUGUUUAUAUAAGAUCAAGAGGACUUAAUCACCUCAAGCAUACACUCCACUGUUCAUGUUGAUGCACAUCAAUGCAGCAGCUAUACCAUUUUGAUUUGACAUGUGAAGUUUUUCAUUACAUGUUAAUUGGCGUAAGACUACUUACUGUGCUUUCAAAGGUGAAAAUAAAAUCUAUUUUUGUACAAGCAUAAUUAACAAAUGAUGCCUUUUAGACUCUUAAAGAAACAUUUGUUGAAUAAUAAAGGGAUAAAAGAAGAAGAAUUUUAACUGCAAAGAACAUUAGUGGCUUUAACCAAAUUUUGGAAGUUACUGAGGAUUUCUGAGGAGUGUUUCUUUGUAAAUUGUAAAUCAUUGUGUUUUUGCUGUAAUGUUUAAUGCUGAUUUCUUCAUUUAAAAAAGUGAAAUGAUUGUUUCAA